GGCCUUCACACCGGUGGUCUACCACAACAAGUCCCCCGAGUUCUAUGAGGAAUUCAAGCUGCGCCUUCCCGCCUGCGUGACGGAAAACCACCACCUGCUCUUCACCUUCUACCACAUCAGCUGCCAGCCUCGGCCUGGCACAGCCCUGGAGACGCCCGUGGGCUUCACUUGGAUCCCGCUGCUGCAACACGGCCGCCUGAGGACGGGCCCCUUCUGCCUGCCUGUGUCUGUGGAGCGGCCCCCACCCAGCUACUCCGUGCUCACCCCUGACGUGGCGCUGCCGGGCAUGCGCUGGGUGGAUGGCCACAAGGGCGUGUUCAGCGUGGAGCUCACGGCUGUAUCCUCUGUGCACCCCCAGGACCCUCAUCUGGACAAGUUCUUCACGCUGGUGCACGUGCUGGAGGAGGGGGCUUUCCCGUUCCGCCUCAAGGACGUAGUGCUAAGUGAGGGCACCGUGGAGCAGGAGCUGCGUGCCAGCCUCGCGGCACUGCGCCUCGCCAGCCCCGAGCCCCUCGUCGCCUUCUCCCACCACGUGCUAGACAAGCUCGUGCGGCUGGUUGUGCGGCCCCCCAUCAUUGGCGGCCAGAUCGUGAACCUGGGCCGUGGUGCCUUCGAAGCGAUGGCCCAUGUAGUCAGCCUUGUCCACCGUAGCCUGGAGGCUGCCCAGGAUGCCCGUGGUCACUGUCCACUGCUCACUGCCUAUGUGUACUAUGCCUUCCGGUUGCCUGGCACCGAGCCCAGCCCCCUGAGCGGGGCCCCUCUAGUGACCGUGCAGCCUGCCACGCUGGCCCGCUGCCCUGGCCGCCCUGCCAGCUUCUACCUGGCCCGCUCUAAGAGCAUCAGCAGCAGCAAUCCCGACCUGGCUGGUGCCCCUGGCUCUGUGGACGAUGAGGUCUCUCGCAUCCUGGCCAGCAAGGGCAUCGACCGCUCACACUCCUGGGUGAAUUCUGCUUAUGCUCCAGGGGGCAGCAAGGCCGUGCUGCGGCGGGCACCCCCUUAUUGCGGGGCUGAUCCCAGACAGCUGCUUCAUGAGGAGCUGGCUCUGCAGUGGGUGGUCAGUGGCAGUGCCGUCCGCGAGGCAGUUCUGCAGCACGCCUGGUUCUUCUUCCAGCUCAUGGUGAAGAGCAUGGCCCUGCACCUGCUUCUGGGCCAGCGGAUGGACACGCCCCGCAAGCUGCGUUUUCCCAGUCGGUUCCUGGAUGACAUCAUGGCUCUGGUGGGCUCUGUGGGCCUGGAGGUGAUAACCCGCUGCCAUAAGGAUACAGAGUUGGCAGAGCACCUCAACACCAGCCUGGCCUUCUUCCUCAGCGACCUCCUGUCCCUGGCUGACCGCGGUUUCGUCUUCAGCCUGGUCCGGGCCCACUACAAGCAGGUGGCCACACGGCUACAGUCGGCCCCCAACCCGGUGGCCCUGCUGACCCUGCGCAUGGAUUUCACCCGUGUCCUCUGCAGCCACGAACACUACGUGACCCUCAACCUCCCGUGCUGCCCCCUGUCGCCCCCAGCCUCACCCUCGCCCUCCAUAUCCUCCACCACUUCCCAGAGCUCUGCCUUCUCCAGUCAGGCACCAGACCCCAAGGUGUCCAGCAUGUUUGAGCUGAGUGGGCCAUUCCGCCAGCAGCACUUCCUGGCUGGCCUGUUGCUGACGGAGCUGGCGCUGGCCCUUGAGCCUGAGGCUGAGGGAGCAUCCCUGCUACACAAGAAGGCCAUCAGUGCCAUCCACAGCCUGCUAUGUAGCCAUGAUGCUGACCCCCGCUAUGCUGACGCCACUGUGAAGGCCCGUGUGGCCGAGCUGUACCUGCCGCUGCUCUCACUCUCACGGGACACACUGCCACGGCUGCACGACUUUGCUGAGGGCCCAGGUCAGCGGUCAAGGCUGGCUUCAGUGCUUGACUCAGACACAGAAGGAGAAGGGGACAUUGGAGGUACCAUCAACCCCUCAGUGGCCAUGGCGAUCGCUGGUGGCCCUCUGGCCCCUGGCUCCCGGGCCAGCAUCUCUCAGGGGCCACCGACAGCUUCUCGCUCAGGCAGCCCACUGUCUGCUGAGUCUAGCCGGACAUUGCUGGUGUGUGUGUUGUGGGUGCUGAAAAACGCAGAGCCAGCCCUGCUGCAGCGCUGGGCCACAGACCUGUCCCUCCCUCAGUUGGGUCGUCUCUUGGACUUGCUGCACCUCUGCCUGGCUGCCUUUGAGUACAAGGGGAAAAAGGCCUUUGAGCGCAUUAACAGCCUCACCUUCAAGAAGUCACUGGACAUGAAAGCUCGCCUAGAGGAAGCCAUCUUGGGAACCAUAGGGGCACGACAGGAGAUGGUGCGGCGGAGUCGUGAGAGAAGCCCAUUUGGGAACCAGGAGAACGUACGCUGGCGGAAGAGCAUCACUCACUGGAGACAAACGUCGGACCGUGUGGACAAGACCAAAGAUGAAAUGGAACAUGAAGCCUUGGUGGAUGGGAACCUGGCAACUGAAGCGAGUCUGGUGGUUCUGGACACAUUGGAAAUCAUUGUGCAGACGGUGAUGCUGUCAGAGGCCCGGGAGAGUGUUUUGGGGGCAGUGCUGAAGGUUGUAUUGUACAGUCUGGGCAGUGCUCAAAGUGCCAUCUUCUUGCAGCAUGGCUUGGCCACCCAACGGGCCCUGGUGUCCAAGUUCCCAGAGCUGCUGUUUGAGGAGGACACGGAGCUGUGUGCCGACCUCUGCCUGAGACUCCUGCGCCACUGCGGCAGCCGCGUCAGCACCAUCCGCACACACGCCAGCGCCUCACUCUACCUCCUCAUGCGCCAGAACUUCGAGAUUGGCAACAACUUUGCCCGCGUGAAGAUGCAAGUGACCAUGUCGCUUUCAUCCCUGGUGGGAACAACGCAAAACUUCAGCGAAGAACACCUGCGACGUUCCCUCAAGACCAUCCUCACCUAUGCCGAGGAGGACGUGGGGCUGCGGGACAGCACCUUCGCCGAGCAGGUCCAGGACUUGAUGUUCAACCUGCAUAUGAUCCUGACGGACACGGUGAAGAUGAAGGAGCACCAGGAGGACCCCGAGAUGCUCAUUGACCUCAUGUACAGGAUUGCCCGGGGCUACCAGGGCUCCCCAGAUCUGCGGUUGACGUGGCUGCAGAACAUGGCGGGGAAGCACGCGGAGCUCGGCAACCAUGCCGAGGCCGCUCAGUGCAUGGUGCACGCAGCCGCUCUCGUGGCCGAGUACCUCGCCCUGCUCGAGGACAGCCGCCACCUGCCCGUGGGCUGCGUUUCCUUCCAGAACAUCUCAUCCAACGUGCUGGAGGAGUCAGCCAUCUCCGACGAUAUCCUGUCACCCGACGAGGAGGGCUUCUGUUCCGGGAAGCACUUCACGGAGCUGGGGCUGGUGGGGCUGCUGGAGCAGGCAGCUGCGUACUUCACCAUGGGCGGGCUCUACGAGGCAGUGAAUGAGGUCUAUAAGACCCUCAUCCCCAUCCUGGAAGCCCACCGUGACUACAAGAAGCUGGCUGCUGUGCAUGGCAAACUGCAGGAGGCCUUCACCAAGAUCAUGCAUCAGAGCUCCGGCUGGGAGCGUGUAUUUGGGACGUAUUUCCGCGUGGGCUUCUACGGUGCCCGCUUCGGUGACCUGGACGAGCAGGAGUUUGUCUACAAGGAGCCAUCCAUCACAAAGUUGGCAGAGAUUUCACACCGGCUGGAGGAGUUCUACACAGAGCGCUUUGGGGAGGACGUGGUCGAGAUCGUCAAAGACUCCAACCCCGUGGAUAAGUCCAAGCUCGAACCACAGAAGGCCUACAUCCAGAUCACAUACGUGGAGCCGUACUUCGACACUUACGAGCUCAAAGACCGGGUGACCUACUUCGACCGCAACUACGGGCUGCGCACCUUCCUCUUCUGCACGCCCUUCACACCCGAUGGGCGGGCACACGGGGAGCUGCCUGAGCAGCACAAGCGCAAAACGCUGCUCAGUACGGCCCAUGCUUUCCCCUACAUCAAGACACGCAUCCGCGUGUGCCACCGGGAGGAGACAGUGCUGACACCGGUGGAGGUGGCCAUUGAGGACAUGCAGAAGAAGACACGGGAGCUGGCCUUUGCCACUGAGCAGGACCCGCCGGACCCCAAGAUGCUGCAGAUGGUGCUACAGGGAUCUGUGGGGCCCACCGUGAACCAGGGUCCCCUGGAGGUGGCCCAGGUAUUUUUGGCGGAGAUCCCAGAAGACCGUAAGCUCUUCAGGCAUCAUAAUAAGCUGAGGCUCUGCUUCAAAGACUUCUGCAAAAAGUGUGAGGAUGCGCUGCGGAAGAACAAGGCCUUGAUCGGGCCAGACCAAAAGGAGUACCACCGCGAGCUAGAGCGCAACUACUGCCGCCUGCGGGAGGCGCUGCAGCCCCUGCUCACCCAGCGACUGCCCCAGCUGCUGGCGCCAGCGCCUGGCCUCAGGAACUCCUUGAACCGAACGAGUUUCCGUAAAGCAGACCUCUGAGCCCACAAGGCCUGAAGCCACACCCAAAGGAACCAGCACACUGGCCUCAGCUAUCUGUGCCUUCAGAGCGUCUCCCCACUGUCCACUCCACCUGGGGGUGGCACAGAGUAGCCGGGGCUGGGCCCUCUUGUCUGUCUGUCUCCAACUGUGUGCACUGAUGCUUCCCACCUUUUUUAAUUUAAAAUGGUUUUUAUAAGCAA